AUGCCUCGUAACAGGGCCUUUUCGGAGCCGGAGUACUCAGCCGAGUACUCGGCGGACUAUUCGGUCAGCCUUCCUUCAGAUCCCGAGCAUGGGGUGGGUCGGACGCACGAGGUCACGGUGCGGAACUCCGGCUGCUGCCUCUGCUUACCCCGUUUCAUGCGGCUCACCUUCGCCCCCGAGUCCUUGGAGAACCUAUACCAGACUUAUUUCCGCAGGCAACGCCACGAGACGCUGCUGGUUCUGGUGGUCUUCGCCGCCCUCUUCGACUGCUACGUCAUUGUCAUGUGUGCCGUGGUCUACACCCAGGACAAGUUGGCUUCCACCUUGGUGGCCGCGGUAGGCUUGCUGGCCCACCUCUUGCUCUUUGUCCUAUGCAAGUUCGGCCUCUUGCCCGACCGCAUCUCCCGUAAGUUCGUCCCGUACAUCCUGUGGAUAUUGAUCGCCGCUCAGAUCUUCUCCUACCUGGGCCUCAACUUUGCCCAUUUCCACGAGGCGAGCGACACGGUCGGCUGGCAGGCCUUUUUCGUCUUCUCGUUCUUCAUCACGCUACCGUUGCGUCUCACCCCCAUCGUCCUGAUCACCUCCGUGUCCUGCGGGAUUCAUACCUUGGUACUCGGGGUAACAAUCGCCCAACAGCAGCAGGGUUCCAUCAACGGCAACGCUUUACUCCGUCAGGUUUUAUCCAACAUCGCAAUUUACCUGUGCACGAUCACCGUGGGGAUUAUGUCGUACUACAUGGCGGACAGGAAGCAUCGGAAAGCCUUUCUGGAGGCUCGGCAAUCUCUGGAGGUUAAACUCAACCUAGAAGAACAAAGCCAGCAACAGGAGAGGCUCCUGCUCUCCAUCCUCCCCAAACACAUCGCCGACGAGAUGCUGAAUGAUAUGAAGAAAGAUCAGAAACAGAAGGAACUGCAGCAGUUUAACACCAUGUACAUGUACCGCCACGAGAACGUCAGCAUACUCUUCGCAGACAUUGUGGGGUUCACGCAGCUGUCAUCUUACUGCAGCGCCCAUGAGCUGGUGAAGUUGCUGAAUGAACUUUUUGCCCGGUUUGAUAAGCUGGCAGCGAAAUACCACCAACUCCGGAUCAAGAUCUUGGGGGAUUGUUAUUACUGUAUCUGUGGCCUGCCUGACUACAGAGAGGACCAUGCCGUUUGCUCUAUAAUGAUGGGCUUAGCUAUGGUCGACGCCAUAUCAUACGUGAGAGAGAAGACAAAGACCGACGUGGACAUGCGCGUCGGUGUCCACACGGGUACUGUCAUUGGAGGCGUGCUGGGGCAGAAGCGUUGGCAAUACGACGUGUGGUCAACAGAUGUCACCCUGGCAAACAAAAUGGAGGCUGGUGGAAUCCCAGGACGGGUGCACAUAUCACAGAGCACGUUCGACUGCCUGAAAGGAGAGUUCGAUGUGGAGCCGGGAGAAGGGGGCAGCAGGUGCGACUACCUGAGGGAAAAGGGGAUCGUAACCUACCUUGUUGUUGUUCCAAAACAGCCGGUUAACAAGAAUGGCAUCAAUGGGGUGCUGUCUCUGACGUCGUCCCAUGGAAAUUCCCCCCAACUGAUUAACACCAAGGAGUGCAACGGUAGCAUCCAUACCACAUGCACCACGCCAGACGACAACGAAGAGCUGGACACUAGGGUGGUGAAUCCUUCAUUCCCCAACCCCAGAAGACGUCUUCGAUUGAGGGAUUUGGCCGAGAGGGUCAUCGACGCCCAACAGAACGAGCAGGAACUGAACAAGUUACUCAACGAAGCCCUGCUCGAGAGGGAAACCGUGCAAGUAUUGAAAGGGAAAUACACCUACCGUCUGUCCAUGCGCUUCAUCAACCCGGAGAUGGAGACGCGUUUCUCGGUGGAAAAGGAGAAACAGAGCGGAGCCGCCUUCAGCUGUUCCUGCGUGGUUCUACUCUUCACGGCCAUUGUACAGAUGCUCAUAGACCCAAUGCUGGUGGCCAACUACGUGACCUUCGUUAUUGGUGAGCUCCUUCUCUUGGUCCUGACGAUCUGUUCCCUCGCCGCUAUUUUUCCAAGGGUCUUUCCAAAGAAGUUAGUUGCUUUUUCUACUUGGAUUGACCGGACCAGAUGGGCGCGAAACACGUGGGCCAUGUCUGCCAUCUUUAUACUGACGAUGGCGGAUAUAGUGGACAUGCUCAGCUGCUUGCAGUACUACACGGUCAACCUCAACGGCACUUCUCUGCCUUCGGAGUCUUGGGGCUGCGUGGAAAACCCCAAAUAUUACAGUUACAUAGCCGUGCUGGCGCUCAUCGCCACCAUCAUGCUGGUGCAGGUCAGCCACAUGGUGAAGCUGACGCUGAUGCUGAUGAUUACGGGCGCCGUCGGGGUGGUGAACAUUUACGCGUGGAGGCCAAUAUUCGACGAAUACGACAGGAAACGAUUCAACGGCUACACGACGCACUUGGUUCCCUCCAAAUAUUCCAUGACGGCCAUGAUUUUUAUCAUGAUGCUCAGCUUCUACUACUUCGCCCGUCACGUGGAGAAGUUGGCCAGGACCUUGUUUCUGUGGAAGAUUGAUGUUCAUGAGCAGAAGGAGAAGGUGUACGACAUGAGACGCUGGAACGAAGCCUUAGUCACAAACAUGUUGCCGGAACACGUGGCCAGACACUUCCUGGGCUCCAAGAAGCGAGACGAGGAGCUAUACAGCCAGUCCUACGACGAAAUCGGGGUGAUGUUCGCGUCUAUUCCGAACUUCUCAGACUUUUAUACCGAGGAGAGCAUCAACAAUGGAGGAAUCGAGUGUCUGAGGUUCCUCAAUGAGAUUAUCUCGGAUUUCGACGCGCUGCUGGACGAGCCGCAGUUCCGAUGCAUCACAAAAAUCAAGACAAUCGGCAGCACCUACAUGGCGGCCUCGGGGGUCACUCCGGACCCCAACACAAAUGGCUACAACAACACAAUAAAAAAAGAAGAAAUUUCGGACAAAGAGCGCUGGCAGCACCUGGCAGACCUGGCAGACUUUGCGUUGGCUAUGAAAGUGACUCUGAUGAACAUUAAUUACCAGUCCUUUAACAACUUCAUGCUGAGGAUAGGUCUCAAUAAAGGAGGAGUGUUGGCCGGAGUCAUAGGCGCUAGAAAGCCGCAUUACGACAUCUGGGGGAACACGGUGAACGUGGCCAGCAGAAUGGAGUCCACCGGGGUCAUGGGGAACAUUCAGGUCGUCGAGGACACGCACGACAUCCUCAAGGAAUACGGUUUCCGCUUUGUGAGAAGAGGACCCAUUUACGUCAAAGGCAAAGGCGAACUUCUCACUUUCUUCUUGAAGGGACGGGACAAGCAAGGUUCUUUUAUCAACGGCUCGUCCGUAACGCUCCCGCACCAAGUCGUGGACAACUCUUGAUGGCUGACCGAGCGGCCGUUCACCAGAAAGUACGUGGAAUAAAAGUACGAUACAAACAAAAGUCGACCCGGACCCGACGCCUCAGGCAGAAGAAGUCAUGCUUCAGAGAAAAAAAAAAUCACUGUAGUUACAUAAAAAAAAUAAAAAUCUAAACUGAAAACACAAAAAAAA